AAUCAGUGCCCUGACUGUCUUCCAGAUGAUGCAGAAAAGUCAUAAAGAGACUCGCUCAUCAGUUCACAUCGAAAAGGCAGAAUGGCUACUCGCAGAAGCCGUGCGACUACAUUCUCAUGCCGACUUUGGCGAAAACCCAGUCUUGGAGCAUGUCCUCACUAGUGUAUUUUUGUUCGGUUGUCAGUUCUCCAAGGGUAACCAUCACGCUACUAGAUUCCGGCUUCGAGAAGCAAUUACGCUGGCUGAAACAAUGGGGUUGGAUGAUCCGCAGACGUACGAGAAUAUCUCUAGGGAUGAGAAGAAUAGGAGGCUAAGGACGUUUCUUUGUUUGACGGUAAUUCAUCGUGUAUACGCAAUCCAAAGAGACAGCCCCAUAAACGACUACCUCCUCACUAGCAGCCGCCUCCACAUAGUCCGCACCACCCUAAACCAACUCUCCACCAACUUCGGCCAACCCGACGAAAAAGUCAUCGCAGGCCUCGGCUACAUGGUCGACCUAAUCGACUUCGUCGACUCCACCUUCGUCAAAUGCUGGCGCAACCAAUGCUGGAACGAAGCAACCCCCACCCACAUCUCCGCAAAGACCGUUUCCACAUUGCUGCAACGAUACACGGAACCAAUGUCCACGCGUGAAUCGCCCAACGACGCCCAGCGCGCAGAUGUCCUGGUUACGAGACAUUGGAUCUGCCACAUACUGUGGGACCUCGGUUCUCGCCACGGAUUCCUGCAAGCGGAAAACGCAGUAGUCCAGAUGCGACCAGAUUACGCAUUAACAAUCGCACACGACAGUAUCGAGACGUGCGAAUCCCUCGAUAUGACAUCUCUAGAAUGCCAUGGAGUCGGACUGGUUGAGAAACUCUAUGAUAUCGUUACAAGUGCAAUUACGGCGACACAACCGACGGGGUUUGGCCCUGCGAUGCCGCAUUUAUCGAGUGCUCCGGGAAUUCAGGACAGAAAUGCUGUAUUGGCAUGGCCGGUGGGGUCGGUAAUCGAGCCUGCUUUGAAUCAAGGAGAAGGGAGCACUUGGGAUGAGGAGAUAGUGUGCCCGAAAAUUACUCCAUGUUUAGCUGAUUUUGUGAAUCGGUUUCUUGUUGUCUUUGCGUCGUUUCGGGGCGGGAAACAUCCGUACUUGAGGCCCUAUAUGCGGAUGCUAUGUGAUUUGGAUCUUGUUUGAGUAGCGGGUGGGGUUCAUUCAUCAGAGCUACAUAUGGACAGUAAUGUUCCUGGUCAUCAGGUUCUGCCAAGAUUUGCGAUGAAAGGGAUCAUCAUGGUCAUGAUUUAAAGGAG